AUGGUAGGUGUUACACCGUCGAAGCCCUAUGACAUUAUGGUAGGUGUAACACCGUCGAAGCCCAAUGACAUUAUGGUAGGUGUUACACCGUCGAAGCCCUAUGACAUUAUGGUAGGUGUUACACCGUCGAAGCCCAAUGACAUUAUGGUAGGUGUUACACCGUCGAAGCCCAAUGACAUUAUGGUAGGUGUUACACCGUCGAAGCCCAAUGACAUUAUGGUAGGUGUUACACAGUCGGCGCCCAAUUACACUAUGGCAUGUGUAACUCCGUCGGCGCCACAUGACACUAUGGCAGGUUUUACACCGUCGAAGCCCAAUGACAAAAUGGCAUGUGUAACUACGUUGGCGCCCAAUGACAUUAUGGUAGGUGUUACACCGUCGAAGCCCAAUGACAUUAUGGUAGGUGUUACACCGUCGAAGCCCUAUGACAUUAUGGUAGGUGUUACACCGUCGAAGCCCAAUGACAUUAUGGUAGGUGUUACACAGUCGGCGCCCAAUUACACUAUGGCAUGUGUAACUCCGUCGGCGCCACAUGACACUAUGGCAGGUUUUACACCGUCGAAGCCCAAUGACAAAAUGGCAUGUGUAACUACGUUGGCGCCCAAUGACAUUAUGGUAGGUGUUACACCGUCGAAGCCCAAUGACAUUAUGGUAGGUGUUACACCGUCGAAGCCCAAUGACAUUAUGGUAAGUGUUACACCGUCGAAGCCCAAUGACAUUAUGGUAGGUGUUAAACCGUCGAAGCCCAAUAACAUUAUGGUAUAUGUAACACCGUCGAAGCCCAAUGACAUUAUGGUAGGUGUUACACCGUCGAAGCCCAAUGACAUUAUGGUAGGUGUUACACCGUCGAAGCCCAAUGACAUUAUGGUAGGUGUUACACCGUCGAAGCCCAAUAACAUUAUGGUAGGUGUGACACCGUCGAAGCCCAAUGACAUUAUGGUAGGUGUUACACCGUCGAAGAACAAUGACAUUAUGGUAGGUGUAAUACCGUCGAAGCCCAAUGGCACUAUUGUAAGUGUAACACCGUCGACGCCCAAUGACACAAUGGCAGGUGUUACACCGUCGACGCCCAAUGCCACUAUUGUAGGUGUAAUACCGUCGACGCCCAAUGACACAAUGGCAGGUUUUACACCGUCGACGCCCAAUGACACUAUGGCAGGUUUUACACCGUCGACGCCCAAUGACACAAUGGCAGGUGUUACACCGUCGACGCCCAAUGACACUAUGGUAGGUGAAAUACCGUCGACGCCCAAUGACACAAUGGCAGGUUUUACACCGUCGAUGCCCAAUGACACAAUGGCAGGUUUUACACCGUCGACACCCAAUGACACAAUGGCAGGUGUUACACCGUCGACGCCCAAUGACACUAUGGUAGGUGUAAUACCGUCGACGCCCAAUGACACAAUGGCAGGUUUUACACCGUCGACGCCCAAUGACACAAUGGCAGGUGUUACACCGUCGACGCCCAAUGACACAAUGGCAGGUGUUACACCGUCGACGCCCAAUGACACUAUGGUAGGUGAAUUACCGUCGACGCCCAAUGACACAAUGGCAGGUUUUACACCGUCGACGCCCAAUGACACAAUGGCAGGUUUUACACCGUCGAUGCCCAAUGAAACAAUGGCAGGUGUUACACCGUCGACGCCCAAUGACACUAUGGUAGGUGUAAUACCGUCGACGCCCAAUGACACAAUGGCAGGUUUUACACCGUCGACGCCCAAUGACACAAUGGCAGGUGUUACACCGUCGACGCCCAAUGACACUGUGGUAGGUGUUACACCGUCGACGCCCAAUGACACUAUGGUUGGUGUAAUACCAUCGAUGCCCAAUGCCACAAUGGUAGGUGUAAUACCGACGACACGCAAUGACAGUAUGGUAGGUGUAACAUCGUCUACGCCCGAUGACACUAUGGUAGGUGCAAUACCGUCGACGCCCAAUGUCACUAUGGAAGUUGUAACACCGUCGACGCCCAACGAUACUUUUGUAUGUGUAACACCGUCUACGCCAGAUGACACUAGGGUAGGUGUAAUACCGUCGACGCCCAAUGACACUUUGGAAGGUGUAACACCGUCGAAGCCAAACGACACUAUGGUAGGUGUACACAGUCGAUGCUAG